GUAAAAUCGGUAGUGGGAAAAGCCAUCUAAUUCUGCCCCAAAUCCCCCCUUGCUCUCUUCCUCUUCCUCUUUCCGUCCCAGUCCUCACCGCUUCCGUUUCCUUCGUAGUCUAAUUCGGCCCCCUCUUGGCUGCCAGACCUCCCUUCGAAGGGCGUCCACUGACGUGUUGUUCUCGUUGUGAGGGAGGCGACAAUCGGAAGCGGCAGCGUGGUUUGUGUGAAUUCCGGAGGGGAGGUGGGAAGAAGCUUCUUGCUGGCUGAUCUUUGAGAUUUCUAGAUCGGUUGGUACUCCAAAGGAUACACAUUGCUCCAACUUGCAACAGUUGCAAAAGAACCUAAAAUACCUGAUGCAGGGUCAAAGGAGUACUUUUCAGCCCGUCUGUGAAGCUUUUGAUAUGGAUCGACCAUCUAGUUCAAGCACUUCCGUCAUGGAUCAACCAUUGCUCUGGAAUGAACUUCUCCCUGUUUCAGUGGAAAAUCAGGAUUUACCUCGGAACCCAAUGUCUUCAAGUGGAACUGUUUCCUGUGGAAACGUAGCCAGCCAAGAAGGUCCAAGUUUUAAUUUUUGGGAUACAAUUGGUCCUAGCUCUAGCAUGCCCCCACUAAACCAAGGAUCUCACAAUGAAAUUAAACUUGAAUAUAGUUGGAUGGCUUCUUCUCUAGGUAGUAGAACUGGUGGACCAAGGAUACAAGAUAGUAGACCUGAAGCAACAAACAAUCUUUCAUUUGAAACUGAUAGUGGUGACCUCAACAUCAAUUUGGCCAACAACAGACAACAAUUAUCUCAGUUACUUGCCUUGAAUGAGUCCCCUCAUGAUUCAAGUCACAAUACAAAACAUGUUGAAAUGAGUAGGGAGGUUCUUGGAUCAGGGUUUCAUUCGGGACCAAGUAAUGUGGGUUUAACACCAUAUCAACAUGUUGCCUUCUGUGCAAGCUCUUCAGGAGGGAGUUCUUCAAGGGCUAUUGAUUUCUUUUCCAACAAUGAUGGAGGCAAACAAAAAGUUACAGAAUGCUCUUCACACAAGAGAAAAAACAUUGAAAGAGACCACGGGGAAUGCUCAGCAAGUGGAAAUUCUGGCAACUUUAAUGAAGGUGUAUAUCGUGCAGAAGACAAUAAUACAAGAGGCAGUAUAAUACCAAGAGCUGGAGCUUCUAAUCACUAUCAUUUUGUGAGUUCGGCUGGCAACCAUCAGAGGAACACUCGAAUGAGAAUGAACCAUGCAGACGAAGCUAAUACUUUUGCACCUGAUCUAUGGGCCCAAGAGAAUAAUCUAGCUUAUUACAAUCCUUGGCAUCCCCAGUUAGCAUCUGCAACAAUCCCGCAUAAUCAAUUGUCAGAUUCUAGGUACCAGGGUAGCAAUUUGGUGCCACAUAGGCAACGCCAUGUAUGUACUAUGCCUGUCUUACCUCUGGACCUGUAUCCCUUUCCACACAAUGGAAUUUCAACUACAGAAGUAGGUAGUUCUUCAGGAUCCCCAGCAGUUGCAGCUGAUGGUGCAUCAGCGGAACUCGACUCAUCAGGUGUUUCUAUCAAUAUCUCAGAGCAAACGUCUGCUCCUCCAAUUAGCACCAGAAAUAUGUUACAUGAGCAAACAAAUUGGGGUUCAGUCACUGGCAGCACAGUUUUGUCUGGAAAUUUGGUGCCUACAUCACAAGUUGGCACCAACUUAGGAGUUUAUCAACCACUAGGAGCCAACUGGUUAACUCAUCAAAAUCGACGUCGUAUAUCAGAAGCUGUACGUAGAUCCCUUCUUUCUUCUGAUUGCCGAGGUCAUAGUAUGGACCACUCUACAUGUCAAAAUAGUUCUUCCGCAUCUCAGGAGGUUGGACAUCAGUCAGGAGCUGUAUCACGUGUUCAUCAGCAUCCAUACAUGAGAUUAAGUGGUGCUUUGAGUGUUCCAUUGCCUACGCGGACUCUUGCAGCUACAAGAGAAGGGAGAAACAGGAUGUCAGAGAUUCGGAAUGUUUUUGAGCGCCUCCGCAGGGGUGAAAAUUUACUUCUUGAGGAUGUUUUACUUCUUGAGCAAUCAGCAUUUGUUGGAGGUGGCAAUUUUCAGGACAGGUACAGAGAUAUGAGACUGGAUGUGGAUAACAUGUCUUAUGAGGAACUGUUGGCACUGGGAGAACGUAUGGGUAGCGUCAACACCGGACUCAGUGAGGAAAAAAUCCUCAGUUGCUUGAAGCAACGCAAGUACAUAUCUGUCGCCACUCAUCUACUUGCAGAAGUUGAACCAUGCUGCAUUUGUCGGGAAGAAUACAUCGAAGGAGAGGAAGUGGGUCGAUUGGAUUGCAGCCAUGAUUUCCACUCUGCAUGCAUCAAGAAAUGGUUGAUGAUAAAAAAUAUAUGUCCCAUCUGUAAAACAACUGCUUUGAGUACCUGAAAGGAGAACAAGAUUCAUCCUUGCAUCUCGAAAUUAAGAUGUUGGAGUGAGCGUUGGAAAUCAAGAUGGGUGACUUUAGUAAACGACUAUUCAUUAAAUUAUUACAAUGAUGAAAAAACAUUUUCCUGAUUUCUCGAUUUGUUUUA